AUGGCGGCCUCCGAGGCCUUAAUUUCGGGUGUUUCCCUCAAAGAGAUUUGUGAUGUGGCUGGUUGGUCCUCGCCAGUCACGUUUGUGAGGUACUAUGACCUUGACCUGGACGCGGCUCCAGGCGAUCCUAUCAGAUGCAGUGUGGAGUUCCCUCGAAAAGGGAACGUCUCAGGUAGCACAUUUCUCUGUCCGUUAUUUGAUGGCAUGAAAGAAUCUGUUCGUCAGCUGAGAGACAAACUGGAGGAUUUCUGCAAAGAGGAGCUCAAGAAGAUCUCUGACAGAGGCACUUUCACCAACAUUGUUCCCAGCACCAGGAACAACUUCCUACAAUAUUCCCAUCAGCUCUCCCUGGAUCUGAACACAGCACAAAAAUGGCUCCGUCUGUCUGAGGGGAACACAGUGAUUAAAUUAGCUAGCAGAGAUCAGUCGUAUCCUGAUCAUCCAGACAGAUUUGAUUAUUAUCGUCAGGUGUUGUGUCGAGAGAGUAUGAGUGGACGCUGUUACUGGGAGAUUGAGUGGAAGGGGAAAUAUGUGUCUAUAUCAGUGUCAUAUAAGAGCAUCAACAGGAAGGGACGGGGUAAAGAGUGUUUGUUUGGAUCUAAUGAUCAGUCCUGGAGUUUGAUCUACUCUAUUGACAAAUACUCAUUCAUACACAAUAACACAGAGACUGAACUCCCUGUAAAGCCCAUCAUCAGUAGAACAGUGAAUGAGGAGGAUCACUAUAGAGUAGGAGUGUAUGUGGAUCACAGUGCAGGAACUCUGUCCUUCUACAGCGUCUCUGGAGACACAAUGAACCUCAUCCACACAGUCCAGACCACAUUCACUCAACCGCUCUAUCCUGGGUUUUGGGUUUAUAAAGGAUCAUCAGUGAAACUGUGUUGAUGAAUCAGAACAGACUGUAGAGAGAUUCUACCCAUAAUGCUUUGAGCUCAUGAUAAAUCAGUGAAUUCAGACUGUCAUACGCUGGGUUGACUAGAUGAUCCAAGAUAAGAGGCUUGAUGGAGAAAGAUUAUAUUACACUUAUAUUUAAUAAAAAUCAGGGAUAAACACCAGCAGGAAACGUUAACAGAAGACAAUGAACAUAAGAUGACUGAGGGUUUAAAGGGUUAGUGGAAAUGGAAAUCCUGUCAUUAAUUACUCACCCCCAUUUCGAUCCAAACCCUUGAAGGAUUAGUUCACUUUCAAAUGAAAAUUACCCCAAGCUUUACUCACCCUCAAC